UUCACUGCUUAUAGAAUGUCAUCAUAUCAUUAGAUACACUUGUAUUACCAGCAGCAGAUACACUUAUUCAGAUAAACUUUCUAUAACUUUCAGAUAUUCAUAUGCUAUCAUAUUUGUCAUCACCUGGCCUCUAAAAACAUGAUUCCUUUCACGUGUAUUCUUAUUACAACAAUUUUAACUAAUGAAGUUUUGCCUAAAAACGAAAUAUUCAAGGAAAUUCCCAUUUAAUUGCAUGGGAUGGACAUGCGUUUAAACGACGGUAGGUGAGUGAUAAGUUUGAACAAGAAAGCAACUUUUAUAGAGACUCAUACUGUUUCUUGCAGUGAAUAAAUCAUACGCUGAAUAAAUGUUUAUUAGGAGAAAAGAAAAAGACACGCUCACACACGUACUCACACACAAAAAAUAUUAAGUUGUAUGUGGCAAACAAAGCAGCAAAUAACACUAACAUUUUAAAGAGAAAACGAAUAUGCCUUAGUACAUCAUCGAUGAGAUGCGAUAGUGGUCGGUAGAGAGAAAACAUCAGCGGUAGCUGUUGCAGGGAAUCGAUAGAACUACCAAUCUCCAAAUCAACAUGUAAGAAGUAACAGCAUUUUUACUUCAGUUCGCUCACAUUGGAAUAACAAUAUCACAACUCUUGCGAUCACGUCUAUCGUAAAAAUGGGGUAACAACAUAUUAAAGACGAAGGUGAUUGAAGGAUACAAAGUUAUACUCCUUUAUUGUUUUGAUUUCAACUUUGAGAAGUACAAAGGCGUCCUAAACUCCGUGGGGUUACAAGAAAAGCCAUGCACAUGUUUUGAACGAUAUUUACUGAAAUAUGAAAGUACAAACAAAAGAAAGUCUCUGAAGGAAAAAAUCUGGUACUUGAAGUAAGAAGGAUGGAGGUUGUGACUUCAACAUUAGAGUCCAGUUUUAUUAAACAUCUACCAAACAGCACUGAUACUAACCAUGAAGACUUUUAUCAUAUGGCUCAAUACAUUACUGGACUUAUUGUUUACCCAAUCACUUGCGUUUUCGGCAUAACUGGCAAUAUACUUACAUUGGUCGUUCUCUCUCACAAAGAUUUAGCUACAUCAACUAAUGUCUAUCUCUCAGCACUUGCUGUUGGAGAUCUGAUAAAGUUGAUCAAUGACACGUUGUAUUUCAUUGUUUUGCUCAUUAAGACAUGGAAUCCCGAUAAAGGUGAUGAAUCCCUUUCAAGACUUUAUCCAUACGCCCACUAUUUAUUUAAUUUAUCUCUCUGCAUAACGGGAUGGCUAACAGUAUCGGUUGCAUUUGAACGUUAUAUUUCUAUAUGCCAUCCAACAAGAGCCAAAGAGAUGUGUACUGUUUUUAGAGCUCGCAUUGUGAGCACAUUUGUAUUUAUAUUUAUGAUAAUAUUCUCACUUCCGUCAGCCCUUCGAUAUAAAACUGUUAUACGGCUACGACCUAAUACUAAUGACUCAUACCACGAUGUGGAACUAACUGAUUUGGGUCGAAAUGAUGCUUUUAUGACUCCUUAUACAUGGGUACAAAAUUGCUUGAGAACGCUUUUACCUUUGCUUAUAUUAGUUUUCUUGAAUGCUCGAAUUGUCCACGAGUUAAGAAAAUCACGUGUCCCAGGUAAGAAAUUGUCCUCAAGAAACCGUAUUACUUUAAUGUUAAUCGUUGUCGUGAUAGUAUUUAUUAUUUGCAUUACUCCAGAUGCUAUCAUGUCGACAGUAUUUGGAUUUGGCUAUUACGAUGAAACAAACUUAGUAAGAGGAAUCAGAGAAAUAACUGACACUCUAUUGGCAAUCAACUCAGCAUGUAAUUUUGUACUCUACUGUACUAUGAGCAAAGUAUUUCGAGAUACCUUCGUUAAAAUGUUUUUAAGGGAUUGUACUUGGUGUCCAAUGUGGUGUUCGAAUAAAUGGAAGCUAGAAUCUCAAACAAAUCAGAUUAAUAACACGGUAAAAUGAUAAAAUACAUUAUUAAAUAUUGCAUCAUACGGAAUUAAAAUAGAACCCUUUCUUCUAUAGAUCUUCUGAAAUAAAAUAUAGUUGAAAAUGUUGAAUUUAACCUUUGUUACACAACAUAUUUUUGAUGCUGGCUUAUAAGUGCAUCAACCGCUGGUGCUCCAUACAAAAACACAAAAACCGGUGCUUAAUAUACUUUUAUCAAAGAAAAUAUAUAUUAUUAAAAAAUGAUGAUAUUGAAAAAGAACAUAAUUUCAUUUUAAUGAAAAGUUACUGCUGAACGUAUUUCUGUAUAUUGAAUAGAUACUGUUAGAAAAAAAUAUUAGUAGAGGACAUUACUGAUGGUAAUUAUUGUUAGAAGUAUAUUGAACAUAUCUGCACUCAAAAUAUAUUAUUGUAAUUAGAUGUAAAUAAAGAGACAUAUAGUUACUACAAAAUAAUCAUUGAAAAUGGAUGUCAUAUGCAUAAAAAUAUAUCAAUGAUAUCAUUCAGUGUAAUCUACAUUUAUCAGACGCUACUGAUAUAAUAAAUCAUUAUAAUACAUUAAUUAAUAGCAGUAAUAGCUUAAUUAAUAGCAGUAACAUUACAGUUUAAGAAAGACGAAGAAUAAUUUCACCAAGGUAUCACACAUACAAACAUAUAAAUAUUUAUAUAUAAAUACACACACACGCACACACACACACACACACACACACACACACACACACACACACACAUAUAUAUAUAUAUAUAUAUAUACAUGUAUAUAUAUAAAUGUAUAUAUGCAUGUAUAUAUAUAUACAGUUAUAUAUAUAUAAAUGUAUACAAAGUAUGGGAGUUUAGUUCACAGCGAUCUAAACGAUUCCUUAUGCUAGGUAAGUGCUGUAACAGGGUACCAGAGCUCCAAGAUUGUAGCCGAGACGGUAGUUAUGGAGCCAUUGCAGAUUUCCGAUAUAGCGGAUAUAUAAUUGUUGAACAGAACAACAAACAUUAAGGCAAGGCAAACAACUCGAGUCAUAUACAUUAUUAUUAUCGGAAAAAAUUCAACGUCUUACAGCUGUUUCUGGGAUAUAACAGAGUAUGGAAUAUUCCGCCAACGGAGACGAAUAGGGAAGAUGAGAAGGUUAUAGACAAUGAAAUGACAACAUAGAGGACAAGAGUAAAGGAAUAAGGAGAUGAGAAAAAGAAUAAUGAGAUAA